AUGUCGAUUUCUUCUAUAUCUCAAACUGCACGGCAUUUCUAUUUCAAUUAUCAUUAUCCAAAAUCAACUUCCCCGUGGAUUCACUCGACUUUUCUACGACGUGUUCAAUAUGCCACUCAAGUGGUCAUUUGUUUUCUGUCUGCUAGCUUUCUCGCGUUCGAAACUCGAAUAUCAAGCCAUCUUUCGCUGGAAUAUCUUGUUCCAAUCAUAAGUAUUCUGUGCUUACAACAAACCUUUGGAUCAACGUUAUCGUGUUGUGUUCACAAUACCAUAGUACUGACACCUCUAUCAGUAUUGUUAUUUGUUACGAGAAAAUUUCAUCUUUGCUAUCAAAAUUAUGUUGCAACUGAACUUCUGUUACUACUUACAUCAUUUUUCAUUACAUACGGAUGCACUCAAGUAUCCACGAAACGAACUGUUCUUCUCUACAAUGUCAUCUAUUUUGCUAUGUGCUUUUCUCAUGCGGAUAUGUCACUGAUAUUUUCUUUUCAAUUGUUUGGAAUUCAUAUGUCAGGAAUGGUCAUGGCGGUACUGGUUUCAUUGAUUAUCUUUCCGCUGUUUGCUACUUUUGAAAUUGAAAAUCGCUUCCAUUAUUCGCUAUUAAAACUCCAACAAAUGCAUACAUUGAUCAUUCAAGCAUUUCUUUGUCAUGAUAAAAUGGUUGCUCAAAUGUCACUUAUUCGGGUAUCAAUCAUAGAAAAUAUGGUACAUAAAGCAUUGAUUCCCGUUCAAACAAGAUUAGAUGAAGCUCGUUUCGAACCGUCCAGAUGGCUACAACGAAUAUUCAAUCGGAAACAUCGACAUAUCAUUGAUCUCACAUUGCAAGAACAAGAAAACUUUAUCAAUUCAUUAAUGUGUCACAUUAGCUCGUUAGAACUUAUGGUUAAAAAUUGUUCAUUCAAUGAGUAUCAUCAUGAUUUUGCAAAGGAACUUGAAUCAAGUUUACUAGAUCUUAGUGCUCGUCAAUCGACUGUAAUUACCAGUUUGAUCGCUCCUUCAUCAAUAUCAAAAUAUGAAUUUUCUCAACAAAUAAAUAAUCUUCAACAGGCAUUUUCCAAACUGCGUUCGGCUUAUAUCGAUGUUCGUCUACGUCGCAUUGAACACGUAUUACAAUCUGCUAAAACAAUACAAUCUGAAGAUAGUCUUUCUCACGCUUAUUUUCUCUUUCAUCUCGAAGUAAUUAUACGGAUUCUGACCGAAUUAGCCUUGAACAAUGAAGAUAAAGCUAAAAGUAUACACUCAUCCGGAUACGAAAAAAAGAAGAUGAAUUUCAAACCAGAAUGGUCUCGCAUAUUAUCAUCGAUAAAAUGUAUUAUUAUUAUCGGAGUCGGAUCGCUCUUCGUAUUGAUCCCUACUUUAUCAAAAGCAUUCGAAAAUGGACAUUUGAUAUUAAUUACUCUGUGUGUAACCCAAGGUGAUACGGUUGGUGGAGCAUUAACAACCAUGAAGAUGAGAUUAAUAGGAACAUUGAUCGGUGCGAUCUGGUCUUACAUUACAUAUUUACUAGUUCAUACUAGGAUAUAUCCAACUUUAGGGAUAUUAUCUCCAUGGAUAUUUAUCUUCAGUUAUUUAAAACUAUUACCAAAUUGGGGUUAUACAGCUACUGUCGCUUCAUUUACACCUGUAGCUAUUAAUUUAGCUCAAUUAAGUCAUCAGAUUCCGUCAUCCGAAAGUAAUGCAGUUCUUCUCCGCAUUGAAGAAAGUUUCAUAGGAAUUACUAUUGCUGUUGUUCUAACUCUUCUGAUUUUUCCUAUCUUUGCCAUUGAUUUAUUGAAAGAUAAUAUUCAACGGACACUGAAAACAUGUGAAGAAAGUAUAGCUUCCAUGCAUUCCGUUUAUGAUCAAUUGUUUCACCAUACGGAGUCACAUGAAUCGAUGGUUCAACUGGAAUUAGAAGAGAGAAAAGUUGAAUCAUUUAUCAGUGCUCAACGAAGUGUGUUUCAUCGUUUAAUUAGUGCACAACGGACUCUUGUUGAACAUGCAUCACUUGAGCCAGCUUUAUGGUGGAUGAAUCAUGGAUUUUCAAGCAAAUAUUACAAUGAACUUGUUCGACAGCAAGUGAAUACGUUUAAUAUGUUACAUAAUGUUGAUGCAGCCUUAAUGAAAAUCAAUGAGUACUCGGAAAAUAUUCACCAUUUUCAAGUGAAUGUUGCUGGCGGUCAUUUCCUUCCGAAUCUUCAUCGAGAAAUCUCCGGCCUGAGUAAACAAUUAGGUGCUUGUUUUCAUGCAUGGAUAUACGAUUUCGCUGCAACACAAACACGACUGCAUCGGUUAUUCCGUCAAAGCAUUUAUUCGAAUGCGAAAUUAGAUGAAGUCGAUCUUACGAAAGAUCAGCAAUGUUUAGUCGAUCUAUAUCAAAUAGUUCAUCAGUUACAAGAUCAACACCAGGAAAGACUCAAUCAGCUAUUACAACAUUACCUUGAUCGCUUAACAGAUGGUGAAACUUACACUUCGAUCAUACCCUAUGCUACUAAUAACGAAGCUGAUUCGGUUUUUAUCGCUUAUUACGCACUGUAUUACUCGACCACGCAACUGGCUCAUUCCAUUUUAAAACUAGGCGAAACUAUUCAUACUAUUUUGGAGUUGGAAACAACACAUGUGUAUCGACAUUUCUAA